AUGAAGGUAGCAGAUCACGUUUGGUAUAUCACAGGAGGUGCAUCAGGUUUAGGAGAAGCAACAGCACGUCAAAUACACAAAUUAGGUGGAUAUGUUGCAAUCUUUGAUAUUAAUGAAGAAGCUGCAGAACAAUUAGCAAAAGAUUUGGGAGGCGAACGAUCAACGUUUGCAAGAGUUGACGUUGUAAGUGAAGAAGAUGUUCAAGAAGCAAUUGCUAAAUGUGAUAAACAAUGGCCAAAAGUCAAGGUUGGAGGUGUGGUAAAUUGCGGUGGUGUCGGAAUGGCUGGUAAGACAAUUAACGGAGAUGGAGAACCGUUUGAUCUGGAUACAUUCAGAACAGUUGUCGAAAUCAAUUUGAUCGGAACAUUUAACGUUUGCAGAUUAGUUGCCGCAAGAUUGGUAAGAGAUGUUCAAAAGCCAAUCAAAAAAGCAGAUGAACAAGCAAGCGAUCUUGGAGUUUUAAUAAACACAGCCAGCGUUGCAGCAUUUGAAGGUCAAACAGGUCAAGUUUCUUAUUCUGCCGGUAAAGGUGGCGUUGUUGGAAUGACAUUACCAAUGGCAAGAGAUUUGGCUUGGUUUGGAAUUCGCACAAUGACUUUAGCCCCUGCUCUUUUUUCAACGCCAAUGGCAGAUAAAAUGUCUGAAAAAGCCAAAAAAGCUCUUGGGCGUCAAUUAGAAUUUCCAGCUCGAUUCGGUUUGCCGGAAGAGUUUGCGUUGGCGGUUGUUUCGGUGAUUGAAAAUCCGAUGUUGGUGAGUAUGCUUUUGUGUGCGGGAGUCAAUAAAGUGAUCAGCAAACUGACGAUGAAUGGCUCAACUAUCCGCUUAGACGGUGCAUCACGAAUGGGUAAAUUGUAAUCGUUCGCAGAUGGAAUCAAUCAUAUUCAGAUCGUUUGAACUCGAUCACAUCGCCAUGUACCACAAUAAACAGCAUUUUUACACAGCUCGGCGUGAGAAUGCUGUGAAGAAGGAUCACUUUGGCGCUGCUUGGGCGGGCGUAUUUGUGUAUGAAUAUUGCGUGUGCCAACAAAAGAACGCCUAUGAAAGGGAGUGCCAGAAGAAAAUAUAUAAAGAGAGAUUUUCACAAC